CAGAGAUUGACUCACAGCGCAAGCACGAGAAGCGCGCAGGAAAAGAUACUUAAAAAACAUAACCAAAUAAAGGGCUCUGCUUCUUCGCUCCAAAUUCUCCCGCCUUAAUUCCACGUUAUUGGGAAAUGAGUGGCAUUUAAGACUUUUGCUCAGAUAGGCCUUGUUUUCUGCCUCGUGUGAGCCCUAAUUUUGACACUGCAUUUUUGCUUUUGGAUCGCAGGGGGGAGGGUUGAAUGGACCAGUGUGACUCUUUGCAGUAUGAGAAGGUUGAGAAGAUCGGAGAAGGGACUUAUGGAGUGGUUUAUAAGGCUCGCGAUCGUGUGACCAAUGAGACUAUCGCGCUUAAAAAGAUCAGGCUUGAGCAGGAGGAUGAGGGUGUUCCUAGCACAGCAAUUAGAGAGAUAUCUCUCCUGAAGGAAAUGCAGCAUGGAAAUAUAGUGAGAUUGCAAGAUGUAGUGCACAGUGAGAAGCGAUUGUAUCUGGUUUUUGAGUAUCUGGAUCUGGACUUGAAAAAGCAUAUGGAUUCUUCUCCGGAUUUUUCCAAGGAUCCACGCGUAAUAAAAAUGUUUUUGUAUCAAAUUCUUCGUGGGAUUGCAUACUGCCAUUCUCAUAGGGUUCUUCACCGUGAUCUAAAACCUCAAAAUUUGCUAAUAGAUCGUCGUACCAAUGCAUUGAAGCUUGCAGACUUUGGAUUGGCUAGAGCAUUUGGUAUUCCAGUCCGGACGUUUACUCAUGAGGUGGUAACACUGUGGUACAGGGCCCCUGAGAUUCUCCUUGGUUCACGGCAUUACUCAACCCCUGUUGAUGUAUGGUCAGUGGGGUGUAUCUUUGCUGAGAUGGUAAAUCAGCGUCCAUUGUUUCCUGGUGACUCGGAGAUUGAUGAACUGUUUAAGAUAUUCAGGAUCCUAGGCACUCCAAACGAAGAAACUUGGCCAGGUGUGAAUUCUUUACCAGACUUCAAGUCAUCCUUUCCGAAGUGGCCCCCGAAGGACCUUGCAAGUGUUGUUCCAAAUCUUGAACCAACCGGGAUCAAUCUUCUUUCGAAAAUGCUGUACUUGGAACCAAGUAGAAGGAUCACAGCUCGGAGUGCCCUUGAGCACGAAUACUUCAAGGAUGUGGAAUUUGUGCCUUGACUGCCUUUUUUGUGUAUAUAGUUUGGUUCAAACAAAAUGGACAGUGGUGUGGGUUUGUAAUCUGUACAAGUUGGGUAUGUGGAACCAAUGUGAGUGAUUGUUUUUCUUCUUUUUGUUUCAAGGUUUUGGUUUUGUCAUGUGUUAUUGGAUCAAAUUCUAGAAUGAUGAUUGGGUUUGCCUCGAUUUCUAAUUUUUACGACAA